CCCCAAUCGUCCAAUGGUAAGCUAAGGGUCAUUCAGCUUCCUGAUAGGGGUGGAUGCAGUGUACCGGCCGUCCACACUGGCUCUCCACUCUCGCUCCUCUCCAAAGAGAUCCCUCCGCUUUUGCAUUUCCAUCGAUCCUCGCUCAGACAAGGCAUGCAUUACGGCCAGCUGCGCUUCCUCGAAUCGACUUCCUUUUUACUUUCAACCGAACAUUGAGGGGUUGCGGCCAUCCCCCCAGCAGAUACACGCAGAAGCCGUUCAGAUCCGUUUUUUAGGCCGCCGACAGCCGCUCCUCAGCUUGCGACAGAGUACAAGGGCGCAGCUUGCGCAUCGUCGGCCGGCGCUCGCGACAGGAGCCCUACCAUGCCAUGGCUGCGUUCCACUCAAUGUCGUCCAGCGUGACGCCCGGCGAUGGCAUGGCUCUUAGCAGCGCUGUGGCGGACGGCAUAGACGCUUCCAUGUUCGAUGACUCUCUGCUGGAAACUGUAAAUACAGCCUUCCCUACCAUACCGUUCACGCCGACCUAUGACUUCCAAGACUUCUCCACAACGGGCUUUGAAGAUCCAUUCGCAUACUCGAAUCGGCAGUACGAGGUCCAGCCCGCGCUUGAGGAUCUCAGCCAGGAUUCACCCUCGCAGGAGCUGGACAACAAGCUCCUGGGAUUUUCGGCGCCGUUAGUAAAAGCCACGGUUGUGGACGGGACGGGCCAGCAUGUGGAGCCAAACAUGUCGGCCGAACUGUACGGCAUGUUCUUCGUGGCCGAGGACGUCUUUGGUGCCGAGAACAGUGGUAGACCUCUCGAGCUGACCUGCUACCGGCGAAACCUGUGGCAGUGUUCUGGACAGGUAACCCUUCCUCGGCACAUCACGCAUAUUGUGGACGAACAAGGCCAGCAAAUACCCAUAUUCGAGCUGGCGGCUUCGAUAACGGCGAUCGAGUCCAUCGAGGGCAAGGCGACGGAGAUUAUCUCGAUCCCUUGGAAGAGCGCGCAUCCGAUUGGCGCAGAGGAACCUAAGUCUACUGGCGGACCGCCCAACAUUGUUUUGGACCUGGCAAAUGGGCAAGAAGUCGAUGCGAACAGAGUGUCUCUCACACUGUCAUGGAAGAGGCUGCAGUUCAAGCACGCUACAGCGAACAACGGAAGGAGGAAAGGCCUACAGCAGCACUACCUGGUGCAAAUCAGUCUCCUUGGAAAGCAACAAAACGGCGAUUACGCCAAGAUUGCCGAGGUCCACUCUGGGCCCGUUAUCGUUAGAGGCCGCAGCCCACGAAACUUCGAUAGCCGGAAAGACAUACCCUUGACCGGUGGAGAGAAGAAGCUAGGGGGGAGAAGCAACAGCGAAGCUUGCGCAACUCCCGUCAAGGACAGCGGCAACAACGGCGCCCCGACGCCUAUGCCGAAAUAUCAGGCCCUGGGUAACGUUCAGCAACAAGCGGACUGGGCACCGCCGCCAAUGUACCGGGAACCGAGCGGAGGUCCGCCUCCGGCGAAGAAAAUGGCCAUGUCACCGGGGAUCAGCCGUCCUCCAAUACCAGCCUGGUCGUCAGAACCAUCUAGGCUGCUGGCCAAAACAUCGACAUCGGGCUCGGCGGCGCGGGCCGGAAUAUCGGGCCCUAUAAACCUGUCUCUCUCGGAAGACGAGAGGAGUCCUAAUAGGUCCAACUCGGACGUGCAGAGCCCGCAAUUCAACAAGUCAACGGCGCCCACGGGUCAGAACCCAAGCCAGAGCCCCAGGGAGGAGGAUGACUUGCUUUACGAAUACUUUCCUCUCAGUGUGGAUGACUGGAUGCCGCCAGUGGAAGCAAUUUACCGCCCUCAUGUCGUCCAUCACACUAUCGUGCCGCCGGAGAUCAAGGCACAGCAGCUGCGGAGCAAGGCGAAGCGCUACUUCACCGCCGAAUCUUGAACGUCAUCUCAGCUUGACAUUUAAAUUACAUCUAGACUUAGCCGCGACACGCUCAUCUUAUGUACCUGUGUCACAAUCGGGGCUCGGUGGGAUUAUCUGAAUGAAUUUACGAAGCCAUAUAUCUGUUUGCUUUCUUGGCGUGUUGUAUUAUACGAUAAUGGUUCAACCUGCUUGGCGUCGGACAGACAGCCGGAGCAGCAGGGAGGAGUGGAGGGCAUACGGGAAGUGGUUAUACCCGAAUCUAGGCGAUGUUGUUACUCAAAAGCGAAUUGAAGAAUAUCAGAUC